AUGUGUGAGUCAAAGAGGCAAGAGACUACGUACCAUGGUGUCGUUGUAAGCAUGAUUUGCCGUUAUGGUUCGGCGGGGAUAACGAGGUUUGAUAUGGAUGAGGAGAAAGAUGAGGGCCACUUUGAUGAUGACGGCAAUUUCGUAUGGGAUAUAGAGAGCAAGAAGCUGCAAGAGGAGGCUUGGCUCGAAAACAUCUCGGAGCAGCAGAUGAGUGCCGCUAUGAACGCCAAAAGCCGCGUGAGUAUUGCGGUGAACAGGAAGAAGAAACAAAGACAGAGGAGGAGGCCGUAG